ACUGUGCACUAGAAAGAGUAGGACUUGCUCUUCAUCCAUCUGCUUAGACCUGCUCUCUUGCAGCCAGGAGAAAGGGGGCUUCUUCUCUUGCCCAGGCAGCUCUAUUAACUCAAGGGGGGGUGUUGUUGGUCUUUAUUUUCUCUGCAAAGGGGUCCCACUUUAGCUGUCACCCUGAAGUUUCUGGCUGUAUUACUGGUGGCAGGAAUGCUUGCAUUCCUUGGUGCCAUCAUAUGCAUUAUAGCCAGUGUCCACCCAGCAGCCAAGGGACCUGUCCUUGGUGCUGAAAAUGAGUCUGCUCCUGCAGCUCCAGCAGAGAAGAGCCUAGGAGCUCUCCAUGGUGUUAAGACACUGUAUGGAUCUAAGGAUGCAUUUCUUGAGCUCUCAGGAUCCAAGUCCCAGGGUGGCCCAAGCUUCAGCAGACUGAUCUGCACACCUCUGGCCAUGGAGUGUCCCUCAGAUGUGCAGAGAGAUUCCCCACAGCCUGCAGGAGAAGAGGUGCUAUCCUUACAGAACACAGCAGAACAGCUGAGGCAGACAGUGCUGCAGCAGAAAAAGCAGAUCCUGACUGAUCAGGAGGCGAUCAGAGAGCUGACAGGGAAGCUAAGUCGUUGUGAGAAUGGGCUGGAGAAGGGAAUGGGAGCUGAUGGAUGGGGGCACAAGGAAGGAGCAAUGGGGGACCUACCUCUUGACUCCCCCCAAGCAGUCCAAGAGCUGGAAGAAGCAGUCAGGACCCUGAAGGACCGAAUAGAAAAGAUUGAGUUGGAAAUACAGCAGCGAGUGAACAAUAUGACCAUUCCAACGUCCACUUCUCCGACACCUCUCCAUGGACGGGAUUCCUUACAGUCUAAGUUACUAGAGCUGGAGGCUCAACUUCUGGCCAAACUAUUGGAACUGGAAAAAGAGCAGACGACAGCUUCAGGGGAGAAAGACAAGCAGGACAUCGAGAAGGAGCUGAGUAUACUGCAAAACCGCAUCGCUGAGUUAGAACAAGGUCAUCCAGGAUACCACCCUGAGAACUUUAAGCUUAGUUUUUCAGUUCGUACUAACUACAUGUAUGGACGGAUGAAGAAGACUUUACCAGAACUCUACGCCUUCACCAUUUGUUUGUGGCUGAAAUCUAAAACAGUUUCAGGAUCUGGGACUCCUUUCUCUUAUUCUGUCAAUGGCCAGCCUAAUGAGAUUGUCCUCCUGGAGUGGGGUCAUAACCCAAUGGAACUUCUCAUCAAUGAUAAGGUUACUCAACUGCCCAUUAGCCUUAAAGAUGGGAUGUGGCACCAUGUAUGCAUUGCCUGGACUACAAGGGAUGGCACGUGGACAGCCUUCCAGGAUGGGAAGAAGAAAGGAUCAAAAGAUAACUUAGCUGCCUGGCACCCAAUCAAGCCUAAUGGUGUCAUCAUAUUUGGUCAGGAACAGGAUGCUGUAGGUGGACGUUUUGAUGCAACUCAGGCCUUUGUUGGAGAGCUGGCCCAGUUCAAUAUGUGGGAUCAUGUUUUGACUCUCAAUGAAAUCGAAGGAAUUGCCAACUGCACAAUGCCUUUGUCUGGCAACCUAAUCCAGUGGGAUGACCGUCAGGUUGAUGUUUUCGGUGGAGUAGUGAAGAGUCAAUUUGAGAGCUGUGAAGAGCGUUUGGGUCACUGAAACACUUACCAGCAUUCACAUCUACUACACCCUUAUUUUCCCCACCGUUUCACUACUGCAGGAUUUCACAGCUUCCCAAAAUCUGUGUAUAAAAACAACACCAGCUUGUGUUAUUCAUCACAAGAUAAAUACUAAACCAGUGUCUGUGUUUGGGGUCAUUUUCCAGGUUUUGGAAUAAUUGGGUUUAUCAGUUACUAUAUUUUGAGAUAUGUACGCAUUCAUACUUAAAAGAUAGGAACCUGUGGUUAUGUAAUAAGUACUAUAUGGAAAAGUAAAGCACAACAGUGAUAUAAACGUACAUAGUAAGUGUUACAAUUUUAAGAUAUAAAUUUGAACAAAUUUUGAAAUUUUGUAAACUUUUAUAACACCCCAACAUAUUGGGGAAGUACUAAUACCACAUGUUACAUAUUAUACAUAUAACAAAACCUCAAGGGCUAUGUGACACAGUCCACUUGAAUGCCCAAUUAACUAUUGCACAAGGACCACCACUUAACCACACUCACAUCCCUGUCAUGUCAAAGCAUGUUUGCUCUGGGACCUACUCAUAUAGCAUUUUCAAACUGCAUCCUCUCUAUAGACUUCACAAACUUUACGAGCUUCUAAUAGAGCAGGUUAUUUAAUCCUGCUUGGGAUCAAUUCUAGAAUAAACAGAUGCUCUGUACAAGUGGUUCCUGUACUGCUGAAGCUGCCAUUGUACUACAUGGACAGCCAUUCGUCUGAAUGGCUACCAUGUAAUACCAUAUUUCCCCAGCAGUGGCCAUUGCAGGAGAAAUGCCUGGGGGUGCCAGAGUAGGAUCAAGGCCGAUCAGAUGAUCACAUAAGGAAAAGCUUUUUAAAAAGGGUUAACUCUGAUAAGAAAACUUUUUUAAGAAUCGAGCACUGCACUGAAAGUAUUUAGUAGACAAAUUUACUAGAUUACUGCCCUAAAAUUACAUUAUAUUGCAGAGUGGUGAAAAAGUCAUAAACUUGGUAGUGAAUGGACAUAGUGGGUAAACAUUUAUUAUCAAGGCAAUGUAGCUUGAUGAAGACAAACACGUGUACUAUACCCUACCCUGUACCAAGUUUUCAGUCCAGAAAGGUGUUGCAGAAAUUUGGGCAGAAUCUGCAGCCAGCUAUAACCUGUCAGUAAAAGAACAGUGGUUUUAGAUGACUUUCAGCCAGGGAGAUGACCUAAUAGAAGCAGGAACACGUAGUAUACCUCCUGUUUAUUUUGUGCUGCUAUAUUCAAACUUGGUCUACUACUAGCUCAAGUUAUCAUUAUUGAAAUCCAGCCCCUUGAGAAGCAUCUCCUCAACUCAAUGUAAAUGGGUUAUACUAUGAAUCCCCAAAGCCUACAAAGUAAAGGCAUAUGCAAAGUGAGCUAGUAUUAUAAAUAAAAUGGUGCAUGCAACGUAGUCCACCUGAUCCCCUCCAGAUCCUGCUGCCCCCUAAACUAAUAAAGCACCUAUGCAGCAUCCUCUCAGCUUGUCAGAGGAGGAAAAUGCCAUUGCACUUGCUCAGCAUCAGCUCUGACAUGCUGGGAAGAAGCUGCAGAUUCAGUGGUAGACUGCUUACUAAAGGAGGAAUCCCCCUGUGUUGUAGAUAACAUUGAGUUGACUGAUGAGAAAAAACUAACGUGAGUGUGUGUCCAUUAAGAGGGGUGAACACAGAACGGAGAGAAUACUCAGAAAGUAGGUGGUACUGUAGUCAGUUUAAUAAAGCACAUAUUUAUAAUAAUUUAAACACAUUUAUGUUCUCUAUUCAAAGUAUUUAGCUUAAAUAUAGUUUAUUUAAAGGGGUACUCCACUGCCCCAGCGUUCGGAACAUUUUGUUCCGAACGUUGAGUGUGGGCUGCUGGGGUUGUGACAUCAUGGCCACGCUCAUCAUGAUGUCACACCACACCCCCUCAAUGCAAGUCAAUGGGGGGUGUGGUGUGACAUCACGACCUCCGCAGCCCGCACCCAGCAUUCGGAACAAAAUGUCCCAAACGCUGGGGCAGUGGAGUGCCCCUUUAACUAAAAAACAAAAUAGAAUUACCCCUUUAAGUAACAUAUAUAUGCCAGGGUAGGCCCACUGCCAUGCUAAUAGGGGUCAUAGCCAUAAUCAAACUAAUUUAUUUCUCCUAAUAGUCAACUAAGGGCACCAAAAAAUUGUCCCAAUCUCUAUAAUCCUUUCUGAGAAAUGAGUUCCAUCUCCAAGCACAACUUAGUAUCUUAGGUUAAGGAAUAGCAUUUUCAGAUACAGUGUAUGUAAAAGUCCCUUGUCACUGACUAAACUGGCAUACUCCAUGUUUUAUUUUCUGUAUGUUAAAUAAUUGAACCUUUUAUGAGGGCUCUGCAGUGUCCUUCAAUGGGUUUAAUGGGCAGUGGUCACAGUGGUCUUCAGCCUGUCACAUCCCAGCUACUGAGAGAUUACAACUCCCAGCAUGCCCUAACAGCAGCACAUUUGGAGUUGUAUUUUUUCAGCGGCUGGUGAGCCACAGGUUGGAGACCAUUGCUCUGUACAUUUGUGAUUGUAAUUCUGAGCUCUGUUACGUAAAGCCAUCUUUUAUUCGAGCCUUAGUGUCAGCUAUAGUGAAAAUACAAGUCACUGUGAAAGAGCUAUAUGGUAUAUUUAUAUUGUACAGAUAAAUAUUUAUGUAUCCUGGAGUAUUUUCGAACACAACAGAAUAAAUAUUGUUUUUUUUUUAAGAUUGUUGAUAUGAGAUUUAAAGUGGUUUCCUGAGACUUUUUAAGUUGAUGGCCUAUCCGCAAGACAGGCCAUCAAUAUUGGUCGGGUGUUGGCACCUGCACCCUGUCAAUCAGCUAUUUGCCCGUGUUGCAGUACCCGCUGUGUAGUGGCUUUGUUGGAUUAGUGCAGCUCAGCCCCCCUUCACUUCAUUGGGAGCUGAGCUGCAAUCCCCAUAUGGCCACUACAGAAGCCCCAGAAAACCCCUUUAAAUGGGGUACUCCGGGGCUCCAGCAUUCUGAACAUUUUGUUAAGAAGGCUCGGAGCCGGAGGCCUUGAUCGUGACAUCACGCCAACUCCAUUAUGACACGCCCCCUCCCAUAAACAUGAAUGGAGGGGGCGUGACAUGAUUUCACGAGGGACGUGGCCGUGAUGUCACGACCACUGACGCAGGAACCCGGCAUUUGUUUGGAACGCCAGGUGCUGUAGGAGAUCGCGGGGGGGCCCCAGCAGGGACCCCCGCGAUCAGACAUCUUAUCCCCUAUCCUUUGGAUAGGGGAUAAGAUGUCUAACAACGGAGUACCCCUUUAAACAUGUAACAUUCCUCACAAUCUCUUUUCGGUAAGCUGGACAGUCCCAAUCUUCAGACCACAGAAGGGGUGGUAUGUGCUAAGGGUGAGAUGGGAGUCAUUGGAGGAAUGCUAUAAAUAAAAUGCCAUUUAUUAAAGCUAAAGUUCAGGGGGCUCUUAUCAUGCAAUUCCUGUGGUUCUAUAUUGUGCAAACACUGACACACUGUGACAUCAGAUAUCACUGCCAUGUUGCGCCAUUCCUAUGUCUCUCUUCCUUUUGUAUGCAUUGCUUUAGCAUUUAUAUUUUCAGUUUAAUGAAGAAGUAUCUGUCUGUUGCCUCCUUUUCUCUUGCUUUUUCCUUCUUUCGAUUUCUCAUCAUAAAAUUCUUCCGGCGGAACUUUCAUCUGGCUUGCUCUUUUGGUACAUUUGUGAACUGAAUUGUGUUUAUUUUGUAAAAUAUCAGUGUUGGAAAUAAAGAUGGAGUUGUGUUUGUUUAAAUCGG